AUGGAUCCUGACGCCCCAACUCCAAGUGAGCUGAGAUUGAAGGAGUGGCUCUACUGGAUUGUUGUAGAUAUUCCUGAGGGACAUGAUGCUACCAAAGGUAUAGCUUUUCUAUUCUAUUCUUUGAUCUCCAAAACACUACUCUUAAUCAUAGAAGACGAGAGCAUAGAUUUUCAAAUUACUUUACAUGGGAUUUACAUGAUACAAUAUUGUGAUAUUGGGAAUACAGGAAGAGAGAUGGCGCCUUACAUGGGACCCCUGCCACCUACAGGAAUUCACAGGUGUAUUUUGGCUCUGUUUAAGCAGGAGAGAGCAACGGGGGGAGGGUGUCGACUCCCGGAUGCCCGAGCCAACUUCAUUACUCGCCAAUUUGCUGCUCAAAGCAGGCCGGGCCUUCCUUUUGCUGCAGUGUAUUUCAACUCACAGAAGGAACCCGCAAUGAAGAAACGCUAG